AUGCAGUUAAUUAACAGAGAACGGCCACCGGUAAAAGUGACUUUGCUGGCAAAGAAGAACAGUGACAAGAACAAGUGUGAACUGUGCAACGCGUAUGGCAGCCUGCAGUGUGCAAACUGUAAAGUCACUUUUUACUGUGGACAGAAACACUUCUUGAUGGAUAAGGAACUUCACUCAGAUAUCUGCCCCCGACUGAAAGUCGUGAGAACCCCGAUCGAGUUUAGCCCAGACAACGACACGAGAGAGCGGAUGAUCAAGCAGAGGCGUAUCCUUCUUGAGGAGCUGUGCAGCUACACUUAUCAAAAGGGCCAGUCGCUCAUGGAAGAGGGCAAGUACGUCAAGGCGAUCCCAGCAGCAACAGUGUCUGCGAACUACGCCAAACACCUCUUCGGCAUGUCUUCCAACUAUAUCAGCCCUUUGCUUGUGGCUGCUGAAUGUUACGUUCAUCUAGGGAAACUGGACGUGGCUGACAAAUUUCUAGCCAGAGCCUUGGAUGUGGAGAUUGUCCGAUCAGAAACACUGUCACACGAUGUCAAAGCUUUGAUACGUCGAAACGAAGGCCUCAUCAACCUGGCUAAAAACAAUCUGGAUGAAGCGCUCCAAUGUUUUGCAGAAGAGAUCUACCAAAACACAGAAGCUUACAACCCGACGCACUUUCGAACUUCCGGCGGAUACUGUUACCUUGGUUACAUAUUCUACAUUAAAGGGGAAUAUCUCGUUGCCGCCUCUCUGUUCAAGCAGACGGUAGACAUUUGGGUGAACACUGUAGACCCGCUGAUAGAAGAGAUGACCACCCAGCUGAUGGUGCCAAUGUUCGCUGGCGAAACGAAGAAGAAACUGAUGAGCGAUUGCGACAACUUCCAGGGUCUCAAGAUUCUCACGAAAUGUUAUUCCCACAUGGAAGAAGACUCAGGGCAUGUGAUGCUGCCAAUAGACAUGGUUCGUGUGUGUUAUGCUCUAGCCGCGCUCUUAUACAUUGGCGAACGCUACGUGGAAUCAAAAGCUAGAGCUUAUCGAGGUCUAGUCUUUGCAAAACAUCUGCCUCCCAAGUUCGAUAACUGGCGAAAAAAACUUCAAGAGAUGGGCAAAUACAAUGACAGGAAGUUGUUUAAAGAAGAAAAAUCCCUUGGAAGCCCUUCUUUUACGUCACAAAUGGACUAG